AUGGAGGAGGAGAUGCAGCCAGCAGAGGAGGGGCCCAGCCUCCCCAAAAUCUACAAGCAGCGGAGCCCUUACAGCGUCCUCAAGACCUUCCCCAGUAAGAGGCCAGCCUUGACCAAGCGCUACGAGAGACCCACCAUGGUGGAAAUCCCUCCGGUCAGGGCAGCUGCAGGGGGGCAGCAGCCCCACUUUCAGCAUCCUCCUGCCUCCAUCAGCAGCAGCGAGCAGCAUCCUCAGUACCAGGCGCAGAGCUCCUAUCCGAACGGGCCGGGCCGGGCCGCCGUCGCCGCCUCCUCUUCCUCCCCCUCCUGCACCCCGCUCGUGUCCCAGGGCCACCUGAGGACUCCCGUUCCUCCGCCCACUGCCCUGGCUUCCUCCUCCGCGGCCGCCGCGGCCGCGGCCGCCGCCGGGGUCUCCAGGUACGGAGCCAGCCAGGCGGCGGCCGCGGGCAGCAGCAGCAGCAGCAGCAGCAGCACCAGCAGCAGCAGCGAAGGCAGCGGCAACGGCGCCGGCGGCAGCCUGGAGCUCAGCGCAGAGAGUCGCAUGAUCCUGGAUGCCUUUGCCCAGCAGUGCAGUCGGGUUCUUAGCCUUUUAAACUGUGGCGGAAAACUCCUGGACUCCAACCAUUCUCAAUCCAUGAUUUCUUGUGUGAAGCAGGAAGGCUCGAGUUAUAGCGAAAGACAAGAACAGUGUCAGAUCGGAAAAAUUGUCCACAGUCAGACAUCAGACAACUUAGACAUUGAGAUGCAAUAUAUGCAAAAGAAACAGCAAACUUCUGCCUUCUUGAGGGUUUUCACCGAUUCCCUACAAAAUUAUCUGCUUUCUGGGAGCUUUCCAUCUCAGAAUUCCUCAUCUGUAAAUGAUUAUAGCCACCUGGCAGAUGUGGACCCUCUCUCAACCUCCCCAGUCCAUACUUUAGGUGGAUGGACCUCUCCGGCCACUUCGGAAUCGCACGGUCACCCGUCAUCUUCGACCCUCCCGGAAGAGGAAGAAGAGGAAGAAGGGUAUUGCCCUCGUUGCCAAGAGCUAGAACAGGAAGUCAUUUCCCUACAACAAGAAAAUGAAGAGCUCAGAAGAAAACUGGAGAGCAUCCCAGUGCCCUGCCAGACGGUCUUAGAUUAUUUGAAAACUGUCCUUCAGCACCAUAACCAGCUUAUGAUACCACAGCCAGCAGAUCAGCCCACAGAGGGAAGCAAGCAGCUGUUGAACAACUAUCCUGUCUACAUCACUAGUAAACAAUGGGAUGAGGCUGUAAAUUCUUCCAAGAAAGAUGGGAGGCGGCUCCUUCGAUACCUCAUCAGAUUUGUUUUUACAACCGAUGAGCUUAAGUACUCAUGCGGCCUUGGAAAAAGGAAAAGGUCAGUGCAGUCAGGAGAGACAGGUCCUGAAAGACGUCCUCUGGAUCCAGUUAAAGUAACAUGUCUCAGAGAGUUCAUUAGGAUGCAUUGCACUUCCAACCCGGAUUGGUGGAUGCCGUCAGAGGAGCAAAUAAAUAAAGUAUUCAGUGAUGCGGUUGGCCAUGCCCGACAAGGACGAGCUGUGGGGACUUUCCUACAUAAUGGCAGCUCGUAUUAUGAAGGGAUUGAGCAUCAGCUUUCACAGGAUGAAGUCCUCAAUAAAGGUUCCCAGGAUGCAGCUGGAGAUUGAUGGAAAUCAGAAGAAAUCUAUUCCACUGUAGCAGCCAGCCAACUAAAGAAUACUGAUUGUGAGAUGAACUGUUAAUAUCAAUUAGGAGUCCAAAGCAUUUCAUAUUCAGUCAUACUUUUGACACCCUACCUUUUCACCCUCUUAUCCUAGUGCGCAAGUCCCAGAUAGAAAUCCAUUUCGGGGUCAGCUUGGGAAGAUGUUAUGCUUACCACAGACUUUUUAGAGUCAUUAAUGGAAAACUGCAAUUGGUUUCGAAUGCUUUAUAUCUAGACUGUCAGGUGGGGAAUAUAAGUGGACCUGCAAAAAAUCUUUAUGAUGAAAUCAUUAAACGCUGCCAUUAAAGUUGGCUAUUGAUCUCAAAGUAAA